AUGUAUGCGCUUGAAUAUUUGAUCUAUCACCUCAAGCCGUUUGGAGUUGAUCGCUCACUCAAAAUUGGAUCGAACGAGACAGUCCUGCAAGCAGCAUAUGCGUCUGCUCGUCGUGAAAUGGGUCCAGAUGACGUGUAUCGAGAUGUGCAAAUAGCGCUCUAA